UUUGUUCUCCAUACACCUUUAAUCUGGAAACGGCGCUGGGACAUUUCGUCACUUACAGGCAACCAAUAAGAGAAAGUGUGCCUUCAGUGCCAUCUAUGAUCGAGCAGAUAGUGACUAUUCAGCAGAUGAGAGAAGUAGGAUCUCUGCACAUUGUGACCUUUGUGGCUGUUCUAAGAGUCUGCGACCUUGUUGAAGAUUUCCGUGUUUUUAAGAUGUAUAGUUGUGUCCGUUAGCGUGUAUGCGCUCAAAACUGACAGUAUUUUUUAAACGUUAAAAACUGUGGAUUACUUUUGUGAAUUAGAUAGUAGAAACAUCUUAUAAGGAUAACAUUACCGCGAGCCUCCAAUUGGCUUUGUGCCCAAGGCCCCGGGCCCUUGUCGAAACUCAAACUACACAGUAACAACAACAGGAAAAAGAAAAUAAAUGCAACACUUCAAAAUCUCUAGGAAACUGGAUUCAUAAGCUUUUCAACAAUGAUCUACCAGAGAUGAUAUUCAGCUCACUUUGACUCAGUCGUCUAUUUUAGUGGUCGAGUAAAAGAUACGCCUAUUUUUCUCGUCAAAUCUGACCAACAGUCUCCCGAUGCACUUAUCUGACGACGCAAUGCCUUAUCCUCGACCUGAGUCCCGUUUAGCAGGGGAAUCAAGCCGUAAAAGACGUGGCAAUCUUCCCAAAGAAUCUGUUCGUAUUUUACGCAUGUGGCUGUAUGAGCAUAGAUAUAGUGCUUAUCCAUCAGAAAAAGAAAAAGUGAAAUUAGCCGAGGAUGCCAAAUUAACGACUCUCCAAGUUUGCAACUGGUUCAUUAACGCCAGACGGCGUAUUUUGCCAGACAUUAUUCGAAGAGAAGGCCACGACCCCCUGCAGUACACAAUUACGAGAAGAAAUGGUGUUCCAAGAUCCGUGCCAACAUCAUCUUCUAAUAACCGAUCCAAUAAUUACAGUCGUUCACUUGUGUCCAAUAGUAAUUCGAUGACAGACGAUAGUGUUACUGACAUUGAUGCAGAUAGUGAGGAUUCUGAUAACAGUUCGACAUCUACAUCAUCUUCACAAAUUUCGCAAGAAGGUUGUCAUUUGAAACUCACUAAACGAUGGCGGAGGACGCAUGAGCAAGAGUUGCUUGUUCAACCUGAUCCUACUGAAUCAUCUGUUGAUGGAGAAACCUCAAGCCAACCUAGUUCUCGAAACUCAAUUCCAGAAGCAUGGCCAUCAUCCACAACACCCGAUAACUCAUUGCAUUACCUUUAUAUUCUUGUGGACGUUGCUUGUGAGCUUCGUGAUCAACAAUUGCGUCAGAAAAGUUUAGAUUUAUGAACUUUGAGUGCCUUAAAGGAGAAGAAAAUCUUUCAUAAUAUCAUUCUUGUCGUUUUUAUUUUUAAAACUUGUUUUUUAACUCGAUUUCAAAUAUUUAAUCAUUAUUACAUUGAAUCUUUAAAGAUAUAAAUGUGGUUUGGUAUUUUAAAGAGAAAUUAGCAAUUGCAGCAUAUUAUACCUUGAAGAAAAAGCGAAAUGAUUAGAUACUGUCAAAUGUGAUACUUUCAAGACUCAGAACAAUGUCUUCGUUUAUUGAUAAUUGAUCAUUUCUUUGACUUAAAAUGACUUCUAAAAGACAAAGUUUGUCUAGAAAUAUUAUUUCAAACAAAAAUCACUGCCGUUGAUGAAUAAAUAUUUUAAGUUUCUGUUUUAAUGCUCAUUGAACUGAAAGUUUGAAUGUUGGAAUAAUUCUUCAUAGUUAUGCAAAAGAAGAAAGAUUGGUUUUAAAUCCUACUGUUAAAUGAGAACUAAAGCUUCAAGACUCUUCUAACGUAGCAGUUUCUUUUUUUUUUUUCUUUUUUUUUCUUGUAUUGUGGAAAGUAGUGAGUAUCGAAAAGAGUUCAAAUUUAAUGAGGUUCUUAUUGAAAUAAUUUUAUAAUUACUUUACAAUUUAGUUAUGAGUAUUUUAGAUUUAUAAUGAAGAUUUUAUGCUAGAGAGACAUGUUUUUAUAUUUAUUUUCUAUUUAUCAAGAAACUAUAAAAAAUCAUAAACUCUUUUUUCUUAAAAAAAAUAAUUUUUCUUGAUAUGAUCAUAUUUUUUAUUUAAAUAUUUUUUACUUCUUUACUUUUUAUACACAUAUAAUGGGCAACUUAUUUCUCUGAAUGAAACUCUUAAAAAGACAUUCAAUUAAUAGUCAACGUAAAGGAUAAUAAUCCUGGGUGUAACUUCUUUUUAUGAUAAAUUAACUAUUCAGGUUUUGUUUUAAAUUACGUUUUUUCUUAUUAGAAAUUCAUUUCACCAAAAAUUAAGUUUAUUUAUUUUCGUUGGAAUGGUCAAGAUAUAACACAACUUGAGACUGGUGACGUCAUUUAUUAUUCAAGCUAUAAAUAUGAAGCACGGCAAUUACUUCAAAAAAUGUAUUGGGUAAUUUUAUGAUAGAAAUAACAAAAUGUCUAUAGACAAGCAUGAAUUCAAUUUGUACUAAACAGAAAUAUGUUCUAAAUAUACUACAAAAAUUCAUAAAAUUCCCUUUGAAGAAAUCACUUCUAUCCCUCAAAAUAAGCUUGCAUGUCUCAUUUUGUAUUAAAUUUUAAAUUCAUGAAUGUGGCUAGAUUUUACAACUUGCAGACAAUUCGUAUAUUCAAUAUUAAUUUUGAAAAAAUUCAAAAUGUAAGCAAUUUUUUUCUUCCUUUUUUUACAAAUAUUAUAAAAAGUUACCUUAUGGUCUGUUACCGGUAUUUAUUGUGCAUGUUUUAGAAAUUAUAUAUAAAAUUAUUACUUUUUUCCCCUCAAAGAUAGCGAAACAUGGGAACAAAAUUAAGUAAAGUGUGUAAAGUAGGCGACAAAAUUCUGCAUUUAAUAACUAAACUAAAGCAACAAUUUUUGAAUCAAUUACCUAUUGAAGUAUGUAGGCAAAUUUUCUUUCCUGAAUGUAUCCUUGAAAGUUAAAAUUUGGAAAAUUAUUAGGUGAUAAAUUAUAUAAAAUUAUUGAAAAAAGACUAUCAAUUACGUAUAAAAGUGGUAACGUACUUGAAUAAAAAGUGUAUCUCAAAGUAAUAUACAAUUCUUGAAUGCUCCCUAUUUUUGUCCAAUCUGAAAAACACGAUUUCGUGCUAUGAAUACUGCCGUGCAAUCGGAAAAACAAAGUGACUGCUUCAUGCAUUUCGAAAAAAGCACCGUGAGAACUAUAUUCUUUCCUUUAUUAAUACUAUCAAAGGUAAAAUAUAAUUUCAGAAAAUUGAUUUAAAAAAGUUUGCAAUGCGUAGUUUAUCGUGAGAACUAUAUUCUUUCCCUUAUUAAUACUAUCAAAGUUAAAAUAUAAUAAUUUCAGGAAAUUUAUUUAAAAAGUUUCGCAAUCUUCGUACAAAACUGCCAAAUAUAUAGAAAUCUCAAUUUUUUAUUUUUUGUCGGUUACUCUGAUCUUUUUAUUACCCGGCGAAAUACAGCGUAAAUGUUUCUCCCAAGUGCAAAACUUUUUUUCUGUUUUCUAUGAAAACCUUAAUGAAUUAGAGAUAUUUUUUUUGUAAAAUUUUAAAAAAUACUAUUAAUUUCUGCUCAGUCUUCCCCACUAUUACUUUUGACCAAAAUGAGCUAUAUAACACAAAAAUCUGGGUGCUACAAAACCCGGGCUCCCGGACGUCAGGCAGCUUUAAAUAAUGUCGUAUAUGGCAUCCAAUAAUAUAUUAUAAUUUAAUCCUUAAAAAAAUCUGAAUAUUUUUGGACUAGCUUUUAUAACUUAAUUCUGGCUCAAAAGAAAAAAUUUUAACUUUUAUAGAUUAACUCUAGAAAAAAAAAAUUUUUUUUUUCUCUAAAUUCCAUCGAAACCAUUAUCCUUAUUAUAUUAGACUUUAUUUUCAAACUUUUAAUUUGUCUUUACGAGCUACAAUCCUCACGUGGCGAAAGCUUUUUUCUAUUGUUUGUCUUGAAAAAGCUUUCCAAUGGUAAAUUACGGUAAAAUAUUCUAGCAUUGAAAUGACUAGUCGAAUAAUCACGCGGAUGACAUGAUUACCGUUACCAUCCAACUUAUAGUCGCACUACUUCAAAAUCAGUUUUUUUUUACUAUCUCUUACUCCUAACCUGUUCCAAUUCCUUUAAGCGGUGUUCCAAACUGCUCCAAAAUAAAUAAAUUUCAUGCAACUUAGCAAAUCAACUCAAACAUAUUUUUUCACAAAAUUUUUCUAGGCUUUUCCUAGAAAUUAUUUUUUUAUGUGCGCAAGUGGGAAAUAAAAGAAUUUUAAUCAUCAUUGUAUCAUUAAUCAAAUUAUUUAAAGCGUUAUAAACAGCUUGAUUAAAGUAUAAUUAUUACUUUUAAAAAAUUGCUGCUCCAAGCUAAUACCCUAGCAGAAAUUUAAGGUAAUUUUGAGGUUGUUUUGAGGUGUCAAGGUUUAUUUGAGGUUCAUUCGAGGUUGAUUUUGAAAACAACCUAAAAGAUUUACCUUCCAAGGUAUAUAAUCAAGGUGUAUGAAGUUGUUUUAUUCGCACUUGAGGUUGUUUUGAGUUAUAUAUGAGGUUGAUUUUGUUAGGUUGAAUAAUGAGGUUAUUUUUGGAAAUAAACAACCUUAAAAGCACCUUAUUUUUAUUUUUUUUAUUUUUUUUUUUUUUGUAAGGAUAGACCAUCUUCACAUCACUGAUCAUCAUAAUCAAUUUAAAACAAACAAACUAGCAUUUAUUUUUUUCAAGUACCCACGUUAUAUGAAUAUGAUAAUGAAUUUAAAAAAUUUUAAUAAACAGGAUAAAAAUGAUUAUGUAAAUGAUUAAAAAAUGACUUUAUAAAUAUGAUAAAAAAUGAUAAUAUAAAUAUGAUGCCAACUGAUAAUACCAAGAUUAUACAACUUUAAUGUUAUUCAUUAUAUAAUUAAACAUUGGAAGACAAAUCCGAUAGCCAAUCAAUAAAUUAAAGAAUUAAAGAAAAGAAAUGAGAAUCGAAUCGUAGCCUUCAUAUGAUAUUUCAAAAUUUAGCAUUAACGACGAGAUUAAGUUUCUACAUAGAUUCAUUUUUCACCACAACAAUUGUUAGAUAUGUAAAUAAAACACAGCUAUUAUUUAAUGUUUUAUCAAACACAAUUUCAUUUCGCCUUUUUUUUAAACCGUCAUUUUCGAUAGUUAGUCGAAACCAAUACUACGAUAAUUUUUGUUAGUCAACUUUAAACAAACGGUGGCUUAGUCUAUAUAUAUGAUGUGGUGUAACAACAAGCAAACUUUCUCUUUUGAAUGUAAUUUAAUUUCGAAGUUCCUAUUUCGGAAUUUCUUGAAUUUUAUUUUUACCACACAUAUUAUAUAAUAGUAUUAUUAUAAAACUAUCCAUGAAAAGGAAAUUUUUCUUUUCUUAUCAAUUGAAAAAUUAUGAAGAGAAAAAAACUGUGUAAAGAUUUUGCUAAUGAUCAUAUCGUGUCAUUCUAAGUCCAAAGCAAUCAAAAACUAAAAGAAAAGUAUUUUUAAAAUAUUAUUAGCAUUUUUUUAUUUCAUCUAAACGCUGAUUUCAUUCUUGUCUUCCAUUUUUGACAAAAUAGUUUAUUAAAUAGCUGUUAAACUGCAAUAGAGCAACAGUUUGGCGUAGUAUCCUAAAAAAAAACACUAUCACUUAGUUAUUUAAAAUCUAAAACUCUAUUCGAAUUAUCAUCAAAUUGAUCAUUGCAUAGAAUCCCACAAAAUUUGUUUCUCAAAGCAGGUUAUGCCAUUUAAUUAUCUAAGUUUAUGGAAUCUGGCAUUAACUACUUUUUAUUCUUCUCAGUAUGUCUAGCAAUUUUAAAGUCAACCGCUAUGCCAGUAUGUCUAGAAAUUCUGUCAGCCUCUAAACUUUAGAAAGUGCUAUUAUAAGUUUAAUUUUUUUAAUAAUUGACUCACCAUGUCAUGAAAUCAUCUAAUACUCCUCCGACAGAUUCAAAAAGCUUCACCUAAAGAAGACAUUGAUUAAUAUAGUAUUUAAUAAGUUAAUUUUUAUAUUGAAACAUUAAAUUUUUCUUUUAUUUCAUCGGUAAUAAAUUACCGUAUGUCGUGUGACUUAACAUUUAGUCGGUUAACUUAUAAUUUUGAACCUAACAAACUUUCAUAAACAGAAAAAAUUUCCCGCGUAUGCGAGGAAAACCUAAGCAAACAUGUUCCCAGUUUGAGCGAUACUAGUAGGAAGUGGGUACUAGAAAUUUGUUUUACCAACGAUGUGGUGAAGUCAAAACUGAGGUUUGAACUUGGGACUUUUGUAUAAGCAAAGACUUUAUACCAAUAACUUGUCUCACAUAUAGUUUGUCUAAAGUAAGAACUCCUCUAGCCAUUCGUCUGGACCCGUGGUGGUGACUAUGGAAACGAGGUAUAACUAUUUCAAGUAGGGGUGUGGGGUUACUGUUUAGGACAGGUUUUGGCUCUGGUGGGCCGGAGAAAGGGAAUCUUUUUCAACGGUCUAUUGUGUUUGCCCUAGAGUGAAGAAAAGCUACCCUCCCUGAAAUGCGCUAUUCUUGUUCCCAUAGCAACAAAUGGCCUCAGACUUUGCGGCAGGGGGAGCUUUUACCGUAGACAAAUUAUAUUUCUCUUACUCUUAAUCGUGAAUUUAUUUUUGUUGUGUAUUAUGAUUUAAAAUGAAGCACUUAACAGCUAAAAUUCCCAGUAAAUGAGAACCGGUGAUGGCUAUAAUGAGACCGCAAAAUGUUUACAUAUAAGGGACUUUAUUCUUUUUAUGAGCCAAAAAAAUUUUAUUUUUAUCUCACUGGCUGUAUUUAGAACCUUUUAUCUCGUAUUUAUGUAUGCAUUAUUGCACAGAUGAUUUGUCAAAUGUAUAUAUAAUUUUUAAAUAUUUAAUUAUAAUUUUUAAAAAAUCAUAUCAAGAGGAAAAUUUUUCAUUGUAAAAAAAUGCAGCAUUUAAUGAAUGUUAAUGAUCAUACUUAGGAUGUCAAUGUAUGAACAACUAUUUUACUGUGUAUUAAAUAUUUAUUCCUAUGUUUGCUUUUUGUUAAAUUAACGUAUAGCAAAGUUAAAACAUUUUAAAAAAACCGCCAACAGAACAGAAAAAUCGAAUAUACACUACGAAAUUAUCUAUAGUGUUUUUUACCUGACUGGUAAAAGAUCCUUUAACUUUUAAAAUUGCUAAUCAUAUUCUUCAGCAUUUCUUCAUGCAUAAAUUUUGAAAUUUAAUGAAUUUAGAAUAUAGACGUUUGUUGUAUAAUAAUGAAGUUUAUACUGGAGAAAAAGUUUCCUCUUGGUUUUGUAAAAUGUAAUAGUGGUAAAAAUCCUCGAUCGUAUAAUAUAUUUGUGGCCACCACAAUAUGUCAUUUUGUAAAAUGAAUACACCUGUAUGAAAACUAAGUCGUACAAGCCCUGCAGACAUUAAGAUGGUAUUUUAAAAAAGGAAAUUCUUAUAAACAUUAACGUUGAUUUUCUACCACUAUUUCAUUUUACUAAGCUAUAUGGGAAUGGGGAAAAUUAUUAUACAAUUUUCGAAUGAGAAUCAAAAUUAGAUUGCUGAAUGUAUGAUUAUCUCUGUUGAUACAGUGUUAAAAUACAGUCAACCUCUUUUAUAUUAUUAUUAUUGCAAUUGUAUAUAAUAAUUUUACAGUUUAUGGAUGCUUUUUUAGAAAUAUCAAUAUUUGAAUUUCUUAUAAUUAAAACUUUAGCUUGUUAUUUUUUAGUGAAAAGCAAGUAUUUAGUUUGAAAUGUUUGCUUUCUAACAAAAACGACACUAUAAUACGCUUAAAUUGAUUUAUUUUUCAUGUUUUAGAUAAAAAGUAGGCAAUGACAUCGCAUGGAUUGUUGAAUACUGCAAGACGUGCAAGGUUUUAAAACCGCUACGGUCAUUAUUUUAUAGAAUUAAAAAUGACAACAACAAAAAUAUUUUUCCUUAAAAAUGUAUGUUGAAAAUCCCCUUUUAAUAGUUUAUUAGCGAAAAAGUAAUUUUAUUUCAACCGUAAAUAGUGAACAGGGACCGUUCAAAUAUAUGCAAAUGUCUAAGGGUCAAGGGGAGUUAGUUUUCUUGUUUUUGUUAACACUGAAAGAAACCGUUUGAGCAAAGCUUACGUAAGGCACUAAAUACUAAAUUCCUUUUUUUCUGGUCAAAUUGUUUUUUUACAAAUUGCAAAAAUAUCAAAUUUAGAAAGAAUUAACACUCUAAAAAAAUUGGGGGAAAAACUUUUUAAAAAUAUUCUUCUGAAGAAAAUUAAUGAAAAGUAAAUUUUGCUGGUACAAAUUCAAAAUUAGACUAUUAUUGCUAAAAUUUAAAAUCUUAGGUAAGAAUAUGUGAGAUUACGUAAGAAAUUAAUCAUACUUUUAACAAGAGGUGAGGAGCUAAAAUAGUAUUUAAACUCCCCCUUUAAUAUAAAAGAGAUAAUAUAAAAUUGUUUGUACACCUUAUUUAUCAUAUGAAACAAAACUAUUUCCUCUCGAUUAUUGAUGUAAGUCUUAUCAUUACGUCCAGCUUUCCACGUCCCACAAAUGUAGAAUUAGUAUUGUGAUAUUUUAUAAUUCAAUUCAAUUUUAUUACAUGUGCCUUUUUCAGCAUUUUGUUUUGUAGAAAAAUUUUGAAAGCCUUUUUCAUGCUGUGUUAUAUGAGCAAAGAAAAUUUUUUUCGCAGAAGGUUUUAGCUUUUUUUUUACUCAAAAUUAUCGUAAAUGAUUUUAGCCACAAUUUAUGCAUACUUUUUCCCUCCUUGAAUGGGAAAAAAUAAAAAAAAAUUCAAACUACGUCAAAAAAGCUUGAUUUAAAAAUAUUGCAUAAAUUUCAUUUUUUCCUCUUAAAAAUUUUAGCAAAAAUGCUCAUUAUUUCUCUAGCAUGACGCAGUAUAGCGCACUCGUAUUCAAAAAUCUUAGAAUUUUCUUAUCGGAUUAGAUAAAUUGAUAUAGGUUUAAUUUCACAUAUAGGUUGAUAUAGGUUUGACACUACAAAGAAUUUCUCGUCAAAUUCGACGAUAUAUUUUGUAUUAAGGUUAUUACAAUACGCUAAAUAUGUUCUCUGGCAAUUUUAGUAAAAGUUUUUCUGUUUUUUUUUAAGAAAAUAUAUAUUUAUACAUAAUGUCCACUUCCCCUAUAGGAAUUAAACAUUAAUAGAAUUGACCAUAAAAGGACCAUUAUAGGAAAUGACCACAGAACUGGCCAUUUUUUAUUGACCAUAGGUAGCUCGAAGCUCUAUUUCUCGUUAUGUUACACUCUCAGAAAAAUCAGUUCAAUAGUGAACCGUAAUACGGUGUAUAUUUGCAGCAACCUUAAUAAAAUUUAAAAUUGAACCAUAUUUACGAUCAAGUUGUACCAUAGUAUCGUGCAUUCAAGUUUACGACAAUUAUUUGGUUCAACUUUUAGGAGCAAAUUUGAAAAAUAUUUUGAUUUAGAACGCCAAAAAAAUUUUCAUUGUGUAGCAAACAAUACUUUUAUAUCAAUUAUAACUUUCUUAAUCCUUUUAAAUAAAUAUCUGUUCUGUUUAUAAACAUUUUCUUAUCAUUUACUAGUUCCACCGCUAUUUUGAAAAACUAUUUUCUCUCACCCCCUAUAAAAAAAAAACAUUGUAGUAUCGAAUUCUGUUUUAAAUAAUCAAUCAAUCAAUUAGACAACUGCUUGUAAUUGAUGUUAAAAUUUACACUCUUAAGUCUUUUGUUUCCUUGUCUUUGUUAUUAAAUACAACAAGUACGUAUUUGUUAUCUGAGUACUCUGAAUUUGCUCAUAAAAAGUAUGUAUAGAAUAUAGAUUAUCCAUUGUUGAAAAAGUUCUAUAUUAUGUUAAAAUAUUUAAAAUGUAUUUUAGUGUGUAUGAAAUCCAAAACUUCUGUGUUAAUGUCUAAUUUGUGAUUCCAUUUGAAUUAGAAUGGUUGAAAUGUUAAUAGCCACUCAAUUCUGUUUCUUUGUAGUCAUAUGAUAUUAAAUUUACAUUUGUUUUUAUUUUAUUUUCUUAGUUUUGUAUAGAUAACUAUGUUAUAGUUUUAGAAAAACCAAAUUGCCUUAUAAAGAAAUUGCUACCACAAACUGUGUGCAACCGUAAGUACUUCGUAUAACGUUUAAGUGUGAUUGAUGAAGUGCUGCUUAAUUAAAAGUAGUUCAUCAGUUGAUGAAAUUUGUUGGUGCUAUAGCUAAUUAAAAAUGAGUCUUUCAGUAUAGAUGGUGGGCUAUUUAGAUCGAAGUACUUAUUGCUCUUAGCGGAUAAAGCUUUAUAAUAUUGUUUUCACUGAAAGUAUAAAUAGUAUAUUGGUUGUUCCUUUCCCAUAGGUAAUAUGGAGAUGUUUUUUGGGUAGGGUGCCUUAUAUGACAAAGUGUGUUCCUAGAAAAGUGUGUAGCCUUUUUUAUCGAAAAAUUUUUUAUAUUUAGAGCUUGUUGUUUUUAGCUUUUUUUUUUUUAGAAGUCAUGCUACAUAUCUGCCGAAAAUUGUGCCUAGUCAGGACCUCAGUAUAACAUCCCUGUACAUUCCACAUCUCAUAUGAUCGGCAGGUGGAAUGUAUUUCUUUGUACGUUUCUACCACUUGGUGUAAUAAUAGUGUGCAAAAUAAAGUAUCAUUAUUAAA